UUCCUGCACAUGAAACAUUCAGCAAUAGCUAUCCAGUCCUGGUGGCGGGGAACCUUGGGGCGUCGAAAAGCUGCCAAGAAGAAGUGGGCAGUAGAGACUAUCAGAAGGUUCAUUAAAGGUUUUAUUUACCGGAACCACCCUCGGUGCCCAGAGAACGAGUAUUUCCUGGAUUACAUCCGCUUCUCCUUCCUGAUGAACCUCAAGCGUAAUUUACCAAAAAAUGUUUUGGACAAAUCAUGGCCAACUCCUCCCCCAUCGCUCUGUGAGGCAUCCCAGCUCCUGCGCCAGCUGUGUAUGCAGAACAUGGUCUGGACCUACUGCAAGAGAAUCAGCCCCGAGUGGAAGCAGCAGUUGGAACAAAAAGUAAUUGCCAGUGAGAUUUUUAAGGGUAAAAAAGACAAUUACCCUCAGAGUGUUCCCAGACUCUUCAUCAACACUCGACUUGGAAAUGAAGAGAUAAAUGCUAAAGUCCUUCAGGCUUUAGAAAAUGAAGCAAUUAAGUAUGCAGUUCCUGUGAUCAAGUAUGACCGCAAAGGAUACAAAGCAAGAGCACGGCAGCUGCUUCUUACCCAAAACGCAGCCAUCGUAGUUGAAGAAUCCAAAAUCAAACAACGGAUCGACUAUGCCAAUCUGACAGGAAUCUCCGUCAGCAGCCUGAGCGAUAACUUGUUUGUGCUGCACGUGCACUGCGAGGACAACAAACAGAAGGGAGAUGUUGUACUUCAAAGUGACCACGUGAUCGAGACACUAACAAAGACAGCCAUGCAGGCAGACAAAGUCAAUAACGUCAACAUCAACCAGGGCAGCAUAAAAUUUACAGUUGGGCAAGGCAAAGAAGGCAUCAUUGACUUUAUAUCGGGAUCAGAACUGCUCAUAGCCAAAGCCAAGAACGGCCAUCUAACAGUGGUUGCUCCUCGUUUGAACUCUCGAUGAUAAUACGUGCCACCACAACAGGACCUUUUCCUCCAUCAACCUGACUGCACCCCAUAAAAUUGGCUGGACAUUGUUCCCAGCAAAAUCCCCCCCUCCUUCCUCGCUUUGCUCAUUUUGUUUAUUGUUACCAAAGACCUGCACUUUCAGAAAAACCACAAAAUACAUCUUGCUUUGUCUUAAUAUGAAAGUUCCAAAAGAAA